CUUGUCAAUUACUGCAGCUCCAAUGUUCCUCGUGCGUAUUCAUUGUUGUUUUUAGUUCAUUCCAUCUCCAGAAUUGUGUCAAGAGCCACUACUUAAAGCUUUAAUUAUUCGCUAGCCUUAAUAUUGUAAACUAGUCUGGUUAUUGGUAAAUUACAGCAGCAGACGAAGGGAGCUGGAGGUGGGAAGCGCGUGAGGAACCGCGAGCAUUAAAGCGGUACCGCAGACCCAGCCGAAAGUCUGGACGGGCGGGCUUAUGCGCUAGCCUCCGCUGGAUAGCUGGAUCCAGAACUGAAGCUCUCCCCCCGCUGAAGGCAGAGAUGUCAGGGAAGGAUAAAGACAAAGACAAGGAGAAACAGUCCACCACAGAACGGCUUAUCAAAGCUGUGCCGUACCCUCCACAGCAUAAGCUAACAACGAAAGAACUGUUUGGAGACGGAAAGCCCAACGCCGAGCUGCUCCGCAAUCACCUGGUGAAAGAGGGCCGAGUGGAGGAGGACGUGGCCCUGAAGAUCAUCAACGACGGGGCCAACAUCCUGCGCCAGGAGAAGUGCAUGCUGGAGGUCGAGGCGCCCAUAACGGUGUGCGGCGAUGUCCACGGACAGUUCUUUGACCUUAUGAAGUUGUUUGAAGUUGGAGGCUCUCCCAGUAGCACGCGGUACCUGUUCCUUGGCGACUAUGUGGAUCGAGGUUACUUCAGUAUCGAGUGUGUUCUCUACCUCUGGUCGCUUAAGAUCAACCACCCCACUACGCUCUUCCUCCUGCGUGGAAACCACGAGUGCCGGCACCUCACAGAGUACUUCACCUUCAAACAGGAAUGUAAAAUCAAAUACUCUGAGCGGGUAUAUGACGCCUGCAUGGACGCCUUCGACUGCCUGCCACUCGCUGCCCUGCUCAACCAGCAGUUCCUGUGUGUUCACGGGGGACUCUCGCCAGAAAUCAACUGCUUAGACGACAUAAGAAAGUUAGAUAGAUUUAAAGAGCCGCCGGCGUUUGGGCCGAUGUGUGACCUGAUCUGGGCUGACCCCGGUGAGGACUAUGGCAGUGAAAAGACAGCCGAACAUUUCAAUCACAACUCUGUCCGAGGCUGCUCGUACUUUUUCAGCUACGCAGCAGUUUGUGACUUUUUGGUAAAUAAUAACUUGCUCUCAGUAAUAAGAGCCCAUGAAGCGCAGGAUGCAGGAUACAGGAUGUACAGAAAAAGCCAGACCACGGGCUUCCCGUCAUUAAUCACAAUCUUUUCAGCUCCAAAUUAUUUAGACGUCUACAACAACAAAGCUGCUGUAUUAAAAUAUGAGAACAAUGUGAUGAACAUUCGACAGUUCAACUGCUCCCCCCACCCCUACUGGUUGCCCAACUUCAUGGAUGUCUUCACAUGGAGUUUGCCUUUUGUUGGAGAGAAAGUGACCGAGAUGCUGGUGAAUGUAUUAAACAUUUGCUCCGAUGAUGAGCUCAUGUCAGAAGGAGACGACCUGUAUGAAGGUGGCACAUCGGCGAUGCGCAAGGAGGUGAUCCGGAACAAGAUUCGUGCCGUGGGAAAAAUGGCACGAGUUUUCUCAGUUCUCAGGGAGGAGAGUGAGAGUGUGCUAACGCUGAAAGGCCUCACCCCUACUGGAACUCUUCCAGUGGGAGUGCUGUCAGGGGGGAAGCAGACUUUACAGCACGCUACCAUUGAAGCAGCUAAAGCAAAAGGUUUCUCUCCCACGAGGAAGAUUCGCAACUUCGAAGAGGCCCGAGGCCUGGACAGGAUAAACGAGAGGAUGCCGCCACGCAAAGACGGCAAGCAGCCGGACGGGACGGCCGUGAACGCCAACGCCCCCAGCAAGAACGGCACCGACGGAUAGAGGGAGGCGCAGAACCUCCCGUAUCCUCACAGAACCCCAUAACGCCCCACUCCCAACUCCCAAAACAAGCUCUGUGUGCGUCUCUGUCUGUCAGUCUGUCUCCUCUGCUGAAACUGUCUGUCCACCUUUUGCUCACGUGGAGCACAGAGUCGGCUGCUUCAGUGGAUAAAAUCUGAUGGAGCCCAUAGUGCUGGGAAAACACUUCCAAGAACAAAGAGAAGGAGAAGAAGAAAAAAACCGUGACAUACUGAAUGAUGAGCCUGCCAGGGCAGUCUGAUCUUAUUUAUUGAAGUUUAUAUAUAUAUUAGAUUAAUUUAACAGCGAAUAAUGGUUGAAGACAGUGGUGUAAAUGUAAACUGACACUGAAUUCAUGUGAAACAAUUAUUUUUGCUUUUUUAAAAAGGGAGAAAUUUCCAGAGCUCUUGUUAUGUAGGCGUUUCAGCCACUUCAUGUUAGCUUUUUUAAUUAAUGUUCUGCGUUUUUAAUAAGGGAAAAGUACAAAUACCGUCCUGAACAGCCUCUUUGGACUCCCGGUUCUGGUCCAUACUGAGCAGUGUUUUGUUUUUGUGAUUCACUUGAUUGAUGGUCAACUUGAUUUUCUCUGUCUAGUUAUUGAUAAAGUCAGAAAUUCAAAAAUUCAGAUUUUUAAUCCGAUCAGUGAAUGCACCAUCCUCACCAGGUUGUUGUAAUGUUAUUAUUUAAAGUGGAAGUCGUUACUAAGUUCACACCAGCACAGUUUUAGUCUGCUUUAAUCAAACUCCAACUUGUUUCUUUUUAGAAAGUCCAGUUCAUUUGGGGAGGUGUGGACGCAUAAACGGACUUAUAUGUAGAUCAGAAAAGUGAACUCUGGUCCUCCUACAGACCUUGGUUCGGAUUGAGUGAACUCUGACGUGGUUCGAAUGCACCGGAGUUGCAUUCGUCCGCUUGAUAUCUGACUAUCAAGCGGACAGAAGACUGUUCCAAAAGUAGGAAGUAAAAUGCAGGGCUUUCUGGAAAAAUACAACCAAAACAAGCAUGCGAGGCGGAGAAAAGGCUCGUGGUCUUUUGCCAAAGACGAAAGAGAAAUCCUAAAACCGCUACAAUCUGACACCACUUUUAUUUUGUUUACAUUUUGUGAAGAAGGAAGUUGCGCUCGGUGUGUUCUUUAGAGAUUUUUGUGUGGUUUAAGAGGCUCUCGGUGCAAUAAUACCGCAGGCAAGGUGGUAAAAAGCUUACUGAAAGGUUUAGAUGGUUUGAUAAGGUGCAGUGUGAAAGCGAAUCGAUGAAAAUGCAACAAAUGUUGCGACUUCGGUUGCUCAGGUGUGAAAA